GAUUGGCCCCCAGUCCUGCGCGGCGGCGUGGCCGUCAGGGAGCUGGCGUGGCUGGCGGCUAGGACUCUGCGGCGCAGCGGCUCCUUUAAGCACCUCCCGGCACCGCCCCCGCCGCCCCGCCCCCGGCACGGCCUGGGUCUGUUUGGCCGUGGGGUUGGGUCCGCGCGGACCGCGAUGGAGCUGCACAUCCUAGAGCACCGGGUGCGGGUGCUGAGCCUCGCCCGGCCCGGUCUCUGGCUCUACACUCACCCACUCAUCAAGCUGCUCUUCCUGCCCCGCCGAAGCCGGUGCAAAUUCUUCAGCCUGACGGAGACCCCUGAGGAUUACACGCUCAUGGUGGACGAGGAGGGCUUCAAAGAGCUGCCCACGUCUGAGUUCCUACAAGUGGCCGAGGCCACGUGGCUAGUGCUGAAUGUGUCAUCCCACAGCGGCACAGCAGUGCAGGCUGCUGGGGUCACCAAGAUUGCCCGCUCAGUAAUUGCACCGCUGGCUGAGCACCACGUGUCCGUGCUGAUGCUGUCCACCUACCAGACAGACUUCAUCCUGGUGCGGGAGCAGGACCUGUCCGUGGUGAUCCACACACUGGCCCAGGAAUUUGAUAUCUACCGAGAGGUGGGCGGGGAGCCUGUUCCUGUUGCCAGGGAUGAUUCCAGCAACGGCUUUCCCCGUGCCCAGCAUGGGCCCAGCCCCACAGUGCAUCCCAUCCAGAGCCCACAGAACCGCUUCUGUGUCCUCACGCUGGACCCUGAGACACUGCCAGCCAUCGCCACCACCCUCAUCGAUGUCCUCUUCUACUCGCACAGUGGCCCUAAGGAGGCAGCCUCUGGCAGUCCUGGAUCCAGCUCCAUCACCUUCUUUGCUUUCUCCCUCAUCGAGGGCUACAUCUCCAUUGUCAUGGAUGCUGAGACACAGAAAAAGUUCCCCAGUGACCUGCUGCUGACCAGCUCCUCGGGGGAGCUGUGGAGGAUGGUGCGCAUCGGCGGACAGCCCCUGGGCUUUGAUGAGUGUGGGAUCGUGGCCCAGAUUGCAGGUCCCCUGGCUGCGGCUGACAUCUCUGCCUACUACAUCAGUACCUUCAACUUCGACCAUGCCUUGGUGCCUGAGGACGGCAUCAGCAGUGCCAUCGAGGUCCUCCAGCGCCGGCAGGAGGGCCUGAGCUCCUGAGCAGCAGCCUCCGGCCUCUCCCCUUGCCCUCAGGCUUCCAGAGAUUUCUCGAAUAUUUCCUCAAGCUCUGGCACAUUCCUGCUGGGGGAUCCCUCCUUCUGCUCUGUGUUUAUAAGCUGUGGGCAGAGCACCGGCUCUAACGUGGAUACACGUGUCUGCCCCCCGCAGGGGAAUACGGUGCUCAGGGCUUCCUCCAGGAAGCCCUCAACCCAUCACUCCCUGCUGGGCCUCGGCGUUUGCACAUUCCCUGCCUGAGGCCCAAGCCUUCCCCCUUUGAGUAGCCCUGUCUGGCUGGCUGCUCCUGGACAGGGCCCUGAUCUCCGUUCUGCCUCGGGCUGGGGGUUGCCUUCCCUGGCCAGGUGAGUUCUGACAAGUGCCUCCCCUUCCUGGGACCACCAGAAGUAGUUUUACAUCUCUCUCUCUCUCUUCCUUUUUUUAUCAACUUGUUAAUAAAGAGCUUGCAGUGA